AUGGCGAGUCUGUGCAAAAGGCAGCAAUGCACGGUAGAGAGGCGCGGCUUUCGGCAGGAACUUGACUCUUGGAGGCACAAACUCAUUCACUGUGUAGGCUUUGAAAGCAUUUUGGAAGGCUUGUUUGGGCCCGGACUAGUCAAAGAUAUCACCCUUUUCCAAGACUGCGAGCCCGAGGAAGUGUUUGACUGGUCCUUCGAUGAAAACUGUCUCUUCUGCUGCUUAAGACGCGAGAAAGUCAAGGACGGGCACAGCGUAGAGAAGGGUGGAGGCAGCCAGGUGCUGUCGGAGCAGUCUCGGAUCAGCCGGCUGGAGAGACAGGCCCAAGACUUCCUCAAUGCUGUGUUCCACAGAAAAGACCUCCCAAGUUUCUCAGAACCUCACAUUCCUCUAGUGGCUCGUGAGAUCAUGCAGCGAAUGAUCCGCCAGUUCGCUGCCGAAUAUACCUCAAAAACUACUCAGGACGACUCGCCCCUGCCCAACGGCACCAUGAAGGACCAAAGCCUGUCGAGAGCGGCGUCUCUGAGCAGCAACGGUACGGGAGCCAGUAACGGUGGAGGAGGAGGUACGGCUGCUGCCUCUGCACAGAAUCCCGUCCUCAGCAAGCUUCUCAUGGCCGACCAGGACGGCCCGCUGGACCUCUCCGUCAAAAAGAACGAGGUGGACCCAGAGCCCAGCCAGGAGGAUGGCGUCCUGGACCUCUCCACCAAGAAGAACCACAGCGCAGGCAACCUUAAAACCUUCCCCGGCUUCUCCCCUGAGCCCAGGGUCAAAGGACGAUCUAUCAAAGUGGAACAAACCCUGCCAGAGGUGGAUGACGACGGCUUGCUGCAGAGAAGCUUGCAGGACGGACUGAGGGAGAACUACGUCAACUCCAACUCCAGCUCCUUCAAGCCUCCAUUAGCCCACUCGCUGCGUAUCAAGGAGGAGCUCCUCAGCCAGAAACACCGCCUCCUGAGCCAGCCUGCUGCUCUUUCAUUGGCUAAUCUAGAAUCAGCCGGCUUGCUCAAUCAUGCGCAGACCUACUCCUUGCUCGGCCAAAAGGGCUCUUCCUCUUUCUGGGGAAGCAAGGCCCACCUCGAAGGCCUGAUGAAGCUAAAGCAGGCCAGUGGAGCUCUGAGCGGGGCCCUCAGUGACCUCAAAGACCUGCCUACAUUCCUGGAGAAUCACCACAACCACCACGGAGCCUUCUCCUUUAAAAGCCACCAUCACCACCACAAUCAGGUGUCCAAGGCCCAACACCACCACAAUGAAGGCAAGAGGGACCAGGGCCACUCACCUCCUGUCGACCUAAAGAUCCCUCAAGUUCGGUGCAUGGAUCUCUCCUGGGACUCCCAUGCCUCUGAUCUGUACGGCUAUGGUGCCAUGGGGGUUGGGGGUGGUGGCCAUGGGGAGAACAACCUGAGUCGGAAGCUGAGAGCCAUCCUGCCCAAGCAGAACCGCCGGGGAGGAAGCCUUGGAAGCCUGCUGGAUGGGGCGGCUGACUACUGGAGCUCGGACUUGGACCACUCCAGUUCCGGGCCAGCGUACUCCACCUCCGACGUGGAAGGAGACCCAAACUCCAAGCAGCCGAGGAAGAAGAGGGGCCGGUAUCGCCAGUACAACACGGAGAUCCUUGAGGAGGCCAUUACCGUAGUGAUGAGCGGGAAGAUGAGUGUGUCCAAGGCUCAGAACAUGUACGGGAUCCCGCACAGCACCCUGGAGUACAAAGUCAAGGAGCGCAUGGGAACCCUGAAGAACCCCCCAAAGAAGAAGCUCAAGCUGAUGAUGAAGAUGGAAGCAGGAAGCCAGGAUUUUCCUCUCGCGGAGUCGGAGAACAUGCCAACCGCAACCCCACGAGACAACAGCCCGCCGCUGGCUGCUGCUGAGCUUAAGGACAAUGUAAAAGAAGAGAUUGAUGACAAUUUCAAACCAAUCGACUAA